AUGAGUCCAAACAUAAAGGUGGCCCAGCGUAUUCUAGUUAUUUUACUCAUGAGUAGCAGCGUAUGGUGUCAAGACCCUGAAUAUUUAGCACGGUUAGAAUACUUUUAUGAAUGCCCGAAAGAGUGCAAAUGCCCUGGUCGAUACUCUAACUCCCUGUACUGCGACAACAAAAACAUCAAGGACAUGCCACUGAUACCAUCAAGAGUCGUGUAUGCAUACCUUCAAAACAAUCUCAUUGACGCAAUUUCAGGGAAGUCCUUCAAAAACGAAACUCAGUUGAAGUGGUUAAACUUGAACAAAAAUAAGAUCACAAGCAACAACAUAUCUGAAGGUCUAUUUAAGAAGGUGGGAAACCUGCUCUACCUGUACCUUGAAGAUAAUGACCUGGAUGAAGUACCCUCGCCCCUGCCGAGCAGCCUAGAACAGCUUCGGCUCGCCAGGAACAAGAUCUCCAGCAUCCCUGAGGGAGCUUUCUCAAACCUGGAGAAGCUGACCUUGCUUGACCUGCAGGGCAACAGAUUGAAGGACCUUGUCAUUCAGCCAAGUACGUUCAAAGGACUGAAGACACUGCUGCAGCUCAACCUGGCCUACAAUGACCUCACGGCCAUGCCUGAGCAGGUGCCCAUUUCGACUCUGCAGCUCUAUCUGGACAAUAACUCUAUCAAGGAGAUACCAUCGGGCUACUUCAGCAGCCUGCCCAAGCUGUCCUUUCUCAGGCUAAAUCACAAUGAGAUUUCCGAUACCGGAAUUCCGGAAAUGGCUUUCAAUGUCUCAUCCAUAAUUGACCUGCAGCUCUCAUACAAUCAGCUCACCACAGUCCCCAUCAUUCACUUCAGUCUGCAGCACCUGCACCUGGACCACAACCAAAUCAAAAAGAUUGACGGACCUCAAAUCUGCCCUGUUCCCGUCAACACCAUUUAUCAGAUGCCUGUCGGAGACCAUCAGCCUCAGCUCCGUUAUCUCCGUCUCGAUGGCAACGGAAUUAAACCACCCAUUCCGCUCGAGCUCAUGAUGUGUUUCAGGCUCCUUUCUGCCAUUGUGAUUUAA